CUGUCCGACACACACGAUAUCACUAGGCGUCUUACGGCUGUGCUCAGAUAAAGCGAGUCGUGAAAUAGGCACGCGAAUUGAGAUGUCGCGUAGUAAUAACUAUUUAAGUGCACCUCACUGAUGCAGUGAUGCCAUUUCAAAAGCCAGUGAACCAAGACACAAGCUUCAAGAACGAUGCUUUCGUCAAAUGACUCUGAAUAUCUUCCUGCCAUAGAGCACAGCGUAAGCUGGCUCGGUGUGCUUGCGACGAGUUGAAUUCUUAUCGCGAAGAGCACUCUGUUCCAUGGUGUCAAGUCAGAAAAUAUCCAGCAGCUUUCCUCCUUGCUUCCUGUGCACGGUGCAGCAAUAUCGCAGUGCUCGUUUUGAAAGACGACUUGGAGGCCGAUUAGUCUUUGGAGAAGCGGAGAAUCUGACGACGAGAGGAAUUCCACACAGGGAAAAGUACUAAGCAGGUAGUCGUAGUAAUCCGAUAGGAACCCGCUUUUGUUAGAAACACGAAGGUCAGUGUCUGUCAUCUGCGCCAGUAAAACAGACGUGUGAGAAACGCGGAAGAGCUGCGUCGUUCACCGUGCACAUUAUACGCACUUUCAAGCGCACGAGCGAAAAAAAAAAGAAAAGAAAGGGGUGGGGUUCACGUUUACCCCUAUGCUGGGCACAAACUCGCCUAGCGACGGCUCUGACAGCGACAAUGGAGGCAUAAAUCCAUAACAGAUCAUACCAUUUAAAACUGCAUCAUUUCAACUACAGGGUGUUACCCUAUAAAAGCCGACGCAUACUCAGCAGACGACACCCAAAAGGGAUGUCGUCUGCUAACUGAGAGGCGCCAUCUUGGCUGUUUUGACUACGGGAACCUCACGUUUUGCGCUAUAACUUUGCGUUACGGUGCUCAAUCACAUCGAUAUUUACCACGAUCGAAUCUCCUUACGAGUUUUAUACGUAGGCAACACAUUGUACCGCCUGCAUUGAGUAAUUGGCGAGCACAGCAUGCCGGCGCGGGUAGACUUUUAUAGGGUAACACCCUGCACCAGGCAUUAUCUCCCUCGCUCCCUCCCAGAAACGCAGCCCGCAGCCAGCGACACAGCUGCCAGCAUCCGUCGCCUUAUUUCCCGUACUGUGCAUCUGUGAUCCGCAGCCCCUCAGCGCAUAAUGUCACUUCGCAGAUGACCCUGGUUUGUUGAUAUAUGCAGUGCCUGAUUCUGAGGAGGCGCUGAUAUUUGCAUGAUAUGUCGUCAAGGCUGCGUCCACGCCGUAUACAUUCGACAAGAUGAACACAAACGGCUGCGUCUAAAUCCAUGAUUUCGCCCGAGGAUCUGCGAUCUGGGGAGCGGACAAUGGACAUAAACACUAUAAUAAGGGAGUGCACAACAGAGGUACGCAAGUGCUGCAGUGAUUUCAAAGAUCACAAUGAAUGUGCCAAGUACAUCAAGCAUAAUCUACUGGCUGUGAUGAACACUCUUAAAAAUGGCCGUACCGAUUUCUACAGACGGUGCACAGCAAGCCACAGCGACACCUGCUGGCUUCUCUGCAACCUCAGCCCGUGGAAUCGCAUUCUGCACUUCGUCGACAUCGAAAUUAAGGAAGACAGCCCAGGCAGGUUGACUCUCCAGUCAAUCGACGUCGAGAUCCUCAUGGCCUUCUCCGCCGACUCCGUCAUUCGAGCGGCUCUCACCAUCUACCUGCUCAUGAAGAACCACCGCUGCAUCGAACGUCUCAACCUCGUCAACGACGUAGUCUCGCGGAGGUACCCGUUCCUCCUGUUGCGCGGGCUCUACUUCAACCGCGGGUUGCGGCACCUGAAAUUAUCCUCUUCUCCCACGCCAAAGAUGUUCGGCGACGACCUGUCGGCUGCCCUGAAGCGGAUACCGACGCUAGAAUCGCUGGAGAUAGGCAAGAUAAGGCUGAGCAGGAACGCAGCGGGUAUCAUCGCGGACAUGAUGCAGAAGAAUUCUUCCCUGACGAAAGUGUCGUUUAUGGAAAACGAAAUAAGCGAGGCGGGGACGCUCGCCCUAUUGGGAAGCCUCACGUGUAACAAGGUGCUCGAAACCCUCUGCAUCGACGACAGCCGCCUGGAAAUCCGCGGCGCAGAGACAUUGAGCCGUCUUCUGUGCACUAGCCAGACGAUUAAGGAGCUGUCAGUCAAGUAUAUUGCCAAUCUGAACGAUGAGCUGUUCAUGUCAAUCGUGAGGCCCUUGAAGCUUAACGGAACGUUGCAAAAAAUUGAGUUUUCGGGAGGUUCGUUGACCAUAAAAGCCAUGGAGCAUCUGGCAAAAGUGCUCAAGCUGAACAAGUCGCUACAGUUCCUUCACGUUGUUGACUGUAACAUAAGACAUCAUCACGCUAAGACACUGUCUGAAAUUUUGGAAUGCAACGAAACGCUCCUCGAAAUGCAUCUCCAAGGCAACAGCCUGGGUGACAAAGGUGCGGAGGAACUGGUACGCGGCAUAGAAAAUAACAGCACUCUGCGCGUGCUGAGACUGGAUUCGAACAACUUUGGCACCGGAGGUAUCAAAUCUCUGGCGACUGCCCUGAAGAGCAAUACGACGCUUCGAAAGCUCAUCCUGGGUCACUUUGACUGCCACAGCGAAGACGAGAGCCGUUUGCUCACACAAACAUUUCGUAAGACGAACGUCUUGGACCGAAUGCAGCUCAGCUACGACCUGUCUGGUUUCCAGGAGUUUGUGAGCUCACUUAAGACCACAGAGUACCCGACAACGGAAGUCAACAUCGACGCGAGCCUCGAGCUGGACGGCAAGCACCUCAAAGCGCUGUUCCGAGUUCUUAUCACUUUACAGAGCGUAGAAACUGUGAUCGUCGAAGCCCCCGUACUCAUUGAUGAUGCGGUGGCUGUGAAGGUGUCGAAAUUUCUGUCCACGUGUCAAACGGUGAAACACUUCCACCUGAACACGACCAACGCCGAAGCGAGCGCCUUUCCGAUAUUGAUUACGGGACUCAAGAAAAAUAUGAGCAUCGAGCGUGUUGAAAUGGAGUACUGCGCCCAGAACGGGUACUCCGCGCUCGCGUUCUUCGACCUCCUCAAGGAAAAUCGCAAAAUAAGUUACUUCAGCUACCUGAAGACAAACAUGGAAUACCUGCGCAUGCUGCCCAAUGAGAUGGCCUCGAAUUACACCCUGACAACAUUGAGGGUUUACGAAGAGGCCAACUUCAAGGGGGCGCUCCUGGAAGUGUACGAGAAGCUGAGACGUAACCUCUUCGUCGUGGACAGGGCAGUAGGGUUCGCCCUGAAUCACUGCGUCGAUCGGCGGAUGGCGGAAGCCUACGAGAGACUCUGCGACGUGAAGUACCUGCAGGAACAUCUGAUGGACGUCCGAGGGAUGACCGAGGUGCAGGUUGAGUCUACCAUGAGGUCCGCCAGAAAGUUUAUUAUCGAGCAUUACCUUCCGAUAACUAGGAUUGUGAAGAAAUGUGUGGUGUGCCACGAAGCCGCGGGGCAGACUCAAAUCGAUCAGCUCGACUAUCAUGCGUGGUUGCAUAUAUUUUCGUACCUUAAAGUGUGUGACGUCAUUGACAGGUAAUGCGAGACUAUUCGUAUAGACUACUAUAUCACAGCUAUAACUAUUUUUUACGUCAUGUUGUAUACAUGUGCCAGGCACCAAGAUUUUGUAAUACGUACAUAUAUAUAUAUAUAUACAUAUGCAUGAUACAUGGAUUACACAUAAUUAUAUAACGAUUGGGUAUAUUUGUUACCCAAACACCCAUCCCAAUUCUUUUGUAUUGUUUCCUGGAUGUGCAGAGAGAGAUUAUUGAUUGUGUGGAAGUGCUGCAGCCAAGAAUGGGAGUUAGGUCAGUGCUAAUACACGUUGACACAUGUUUAUUGUGUUAACAAAUGCUGUAUUGCCAAAAAUAAAGACUAGAGAUACAUA